AUGGAUUAUCAGGAGGAACAGAAUCAAGAACUGGAAGUUUUAGAAUCCAUUUAUCCCGAUGAGUUACAAGUGAUGAAACGCACAUAUCCCGAUGUGCAUUUUCGAAUCUUAUUGAAGUUAGAACUACCAAUUGAAGAUCUGAGCAUAUUGACCAAAGAACACAGUAUUGAAGUUGAUUUCCAUCUUCCGGCCAAUUAUCCCGAUGAAGCUCCAAUAAUUGCAUUACACCCUGUAGAAACAUCACUGGCGGGUUAUGAAGAUUCAAAAUCAAAAGAAGAUGAAGAACAAGCUUAUGACGAUCAUGGUAACAAAAUCGUAUCUCGUCUACAUGAUAAUGCUAAUAGUAUUCAUUUUGAUAGUUACAUCCCUGAAUUACAAGUACAAAUUGAAGAACACAUCAAGGAUGAUAUGUUGUUAGGAAUGCAAAUGUGUUUUGCCCUAUUGACCUCAAUCAAAGAUCAUUGUGAAUCUUGGUUUCAAGAACAAUUCGAAAACUUAGAAAAGGAACACGAAAGGGAAUUGCAAGAACGUGAAAAGGAAGAACAACGUAAAUUUUUAGGUACAGCUGUUACGCCAAAAUCAUUUUUAGAAUGGAGAGCUAAGUUCCGCAAAGAGUUCAAAAUUGAUGAAAGAGACUCGAGCAGAAGAUCACUCAUGCACCAUGGCAGACUCACAGGACGUCAAAUAUUCGAAGAAGGUCUUGCUGGGGAAGAAGAAGAAGAGGAACCAAACGGCGAAGUGGAUCAAUUGGGUAAUAAACUCAAGAAGAGCAUCUAG